UACGUUGUGUUUGGGCAGGAAUCAAUUUUUAUGUCAGCUUCGAUUGCUUCCUUUUGCAUUCGCUUGUGAAGAACCAUUGGAUGAACAGCCAAAUCACCAGUAGCACCAUUUAUAGCCACCCAUCGAUUGAAGGGUGUGAAAAAGGAAACUAAGUGCCACAAAAGCAGACUAAUCAUUACUUCCCACAAACCGCUACUAUCCAGCAACUUUUGGCUGGAAAAGCAAUAAUUCCAGUUUCUGUAGCCAGUAAGCGAAGCGAAAAAGCCAAAACCAAGCGAAUCACAAAGUUACAGUGCGAAUCACAAGUGCCAUUUGAAUCCGUCUGGUGGAAUAAGCACGUGCCAAGAUUUGAUUCCAAGAAGUGGAAAUUGAGAUUUCUCGCCAGAGCAUCACAGCAUCAGUUGUGAAGCAGUAACACCAGAGUGUAAUAACGUGAUGCUGAAGGCAAUGGGAAAAAGUGGCAGCAGCGUCGCGGCCCUAAUCCUGCUGAUCGCCGUGGGUUUAGUGGCUCAAGUUAGCAAUGAGGAGAUUGAAGUCGGUGACCCGGAGGAGAAAUCCGCCGCGCAGCAGUACUUUGAUGCCGUUGCACCGGAAUAUCGUGAAACAUUCCUCAAGUACCACUUGGAUAAAGGCCUGGAGCGUCGUAUACCGAAUCAUGUCAGCGCCACGCCAGAUGACUUUGAUUCCAUUCCCUUCCAGACUGAUGUUACAGAGCCGGAAAACUUUUCCAUCAAUUUGCUGAAUCACUUCGAGCGUACCGUUGGAUUUCGGGAUCGCGAUGUGUACAACUACGUGAAAUAUAACACUGUCUGUACUCCAGCAGGAGUGUGCUUCAAUCCGGGAGAUGUCGGAACCAUUUGCUGUCCCUUCUAAUAUUGUUCAAAUUGUAUCGUUUCCCACUGCUACGGCUGGUGACGAGCUACGAACUACGAGCUGCAAAUCAGCACCGCAUAAUUUGUUAAGCAUACGCAAACAAUUCAGUAUGUUUUUAAACAGCAUGAUUCAAAUAAAUAUUAGUUGCAAUAAUAUAGCCAUUUUUCAACCCUUUUUGUUUGUUCUAGUAACAGUGUUUUUUGUGAAAAUAAAUUGUUCUGGAAUUUGUAGCUGAAAA